CAGACAUCUACGGCGCGAGCGGCGACCGCCGGUCGCUGCCGGACUGGCUGGCGACGUCCGCGUCGCGCCGCGGGAAACGGGCCGCGGACGGCGCCGCCCCGUCGGACGCCCUGCGCGCGGCGCGCUGCAACGACGCCGCAUUCCUCUUCGCCCAUCAUCUCGGCGCCGAGGCGCGCCGCGAGGCCGCGGCGGUGCUGGCCGCGGCGCCGCUGGUGAGCGAGCUCCCGCCCGCUUCCGGCGACGCGUACGGCGCGCUCGAGCUCGCGGGGUCCAUGAGCUGCCGCGCGUGCCACUACGUCGACGAUUUGCCGGCGAACGCGUCGCACCCCGUCGCGACGCCCGACAACUACAACACGACCAUGUACAUGUACGCCGAGGCGCACGGCUCUUCCAUCGCGGACGUCGACUACCGCUACCCGACCCGGCAGGCGCUCUACACGACGACCUGGGCCGAGAAGGCGCGCUCCAGCGCACAUUCCCGGGACUGCUCGCUGCUCUUCGAGAGCGACGGCUCGGUCUGGGAGUGGUACCGCGACAGCGAGAUCUGCGCCAAGCUCAUGGACGGCGCGCCCGUCUUCCCGCCGGACAUGGCGCGCGGCGCGCGGAUGACGGAGCUCGUCGCCGAGGCGCCGCUCGUCGUCCUCAACCCGUUCACGAACGCGUCGAUGCCGCCGUGCAGGCUCUACUGCGCGCCGGACGACGGGCCCUGCUACUGCGAGAGUCUUGUGGAACCGUUCCAGCCCGUGCUCCACACGCACGCGUCCCGCAACCUCUCCGGCUCGCGGUCCUACUACGGGCCCUACGUCCCGACGCCCGGCGACGUCGCGCCCAUCGCCAGGCCCGCCUACUGCCCGGGAGCGGACGCGCCGGCGAAGUUCCCGAACGACACCACGGGCCUCGAGUGCUCCUGUAACCGGUGCUGGCAAGGCGGCAACGGCAACCCGCGCACCGGCGGCGGCGGCCGCGGCGGCGGCCGCGGCCGCGGUCGCGGCCGCGGUCGGCGCGGCCCGCGCGGGCCGAAGCGGUCGCUCGUCGUCAUGGUCGACGUGCCCGAGCACCGCCGUGGCCGCGUCGUCGGCGCGCGCGGCGCGACGAUCAAGCGCAUCGAGCGCGACAGCGGCGCGCGGCUCCAGCUGCCGCGGCGCGACGACCCGGACGGGUCGCUCCGGCUCGCGGGCGCGGACGCCGCGAGCACGUGCAAGCUCGGCGAGCCCUGCUCCGUCAACGGCACGACCUACGAGACCGUCAAGGGCUGCCCGGACAAGUGCCGCGGGCGCCGCGUGCGGGCCUUCGAGGCCCACGCGGCCCACGAGGUCGUCGUCGCGCACCGCUACGACGACGACGCCAACUGCACGGCGUCGGCGAACGCGUCGUGCGCGGGCUACGACGCGACGAACGCCGCCGACGUGUCCUUCGCGCCCGUCUACGGGCCCGGCGCGGGCUCCUUCGAGGGCUUCUUCGUCGCGCCCGUGUCCGCGAACUACACGUUCUACGCGACCUUCGACAGCGACCUGGAACUGUCGCUCUCCGAGAGCGGCGACCCGCGGCGGCGCCGCGUCGUCCUCGGCGGCGCCGACGCGCCGGACGCGGCCGACGGCGACGUCUUCGACGGCUGGACCCACUUCCGGGGCCACUGGUACAAGGUCUUCGCCCACGACGAGCACGACGUCAGCUACGACGCGGCCGAGGCCAUGAAAACGGGCCAGAUCGCGGCCCGCGCGCGCGUCGUCGUCCUCGCCGAGGGCGCGCGGCCCGGCGGCCUCGUGCCGGACAUCGGCGGCGACCGCACGGACUUCCGAGCGGCGCUGCCGGGCGUCGACGUCGACGUGGGCCCGCGCGAGGCCGUCGACGCGUUCGACGCGCUCUGCGCCGCGGACCUCGUCGUCACGUCCAAGUCGGGCUUCUCCCACCUCGCCGCGACGCUCUGCGCGCGGCCCGCGGUCCUCGCCGUGCCCUUCUGGCUCGACUACGCGUGCCUGCCGCGGGCGCUCGAGCUCGCGGAGACGGCCGCCGUCUUCGACAACAACCCGAGCGGCGCGGCCGUGAACCUCACGGCGCGCUUCGACUACGACGAGGCGGCGCUCCUCGCGCUCCUCCGCCCGCCAUAG